GAAGAUAUUUUACAUGAUCGCCUGCGGAUUAUGGAAAAGGAAUCUGAUCAGGGUUUGAAAGUUGCAGACUCGGCCGCAUCUUGAGAAUCCUCGUGGACCCUUAAAAUACACGUGACGCCACCUUACUAGAUUUCUCUCCAAAGCGAAUCAAUCCUUCACUUGCACGGUGGCCGGCGUUAGCCUGGCCGAGCCAUGUCAUCUCUUGGCAGCAUCAACCGGCCGUUCGAUCACGAUGGCCUUGACGCCUACGAUAUUCGGCUCCAAUCUCAGCGCUUUGACGCGUUCUCCAACUUCGACGCUGACUCAGUGAAGGACUCGGCCAGCGACUCAUCUCCGGUUUUCGGAAGCCAUAUGUCAUACAACGAAGGAGAUUACGUGUUUCCGUCUCAGCCAGUUCCGGAGACUCCAUCUCCAUCAGCGAUACGCUCUAACGCAAGGGGAGACACGGCGUUCUCACCGGAGCAUGACGGGAGGGGUCUCGAUGGAGACUUUGGUGCCUCCGAUGGCCCAGUCUUGCCACCACCGGUGGACUUGGAACCAGAAGAAGGCUUUGCUCUAAGGGAAUGGCGAAGACAGAACGCAAUUCACCUGGAAGAGAAGGAGAAGGAGGAGAAAGAGAUGCGGCGACAGAUUAUAGAGGAAGCGGAGGAGUACAAAAUUGAGUUUUACAGGAAGCUUGAGCUGAAUGUCGAGAAUAAGAAAGCGUCUAAUAGGGAAAAGGAGAAGUUAUUUUUAGCAAGCCUCGAGAAGUUUCAUGAUGAAGCUGAGAAGAACUACUGGAAAGCAAUUGGUGAACUUAUUCCCAAUGAAGUGCCAGCAAUAGAGAAAAGAGGGAAAAAAGAUAGAGAGAAGAAGCCUUCCAUUGUUGUAAUCCAAGGGCCAAAGCCUGGGAAGCCAACUGACCUUUCAAGAAUGCGCCAUGUCCUGUUAAAGCUCAAGCAUAAUCCUCCUUCUCAUAUGAAGCCUAAGCCACCUCCAUCGUCCGAACCAAAAAAGGAUGCUAAUACGGGACCCACUGAUGGGGUUGGUUCAAGUACUGCUCUUCCUCCUGCUCAAGAGGCUGUUUCUGCAGCUUGAAAGGCGCCACUAUUUGCUCAUUCGCCAUGUGAAAACCAGUUUCUGCGAGCAUCUUAAUUUAAUUAGUUGUAUCGUGGUAUUAUAUGUGCAGAGUAUCCUUAUUUUCGGUUGCUUGAUGUGAAUGUAGUUUUAUGCAACCCUUUCUAGUUUUUGGCUGUGAUCCGAUGUUGUGGCCUGUAGAACAUUAUCGUUGAUAGACUUGUUAUUAUUGUAGCUGUUUUGGCACUGGUUGAAAUUGAGAAAGUAUAUUUUAUGAAAA